AUCUCAAACUUUCUAUAGGCGUUUCAUUAUGUAGAAUUGAACAAGACAGGAGAUCGCCGAAAGAGGGUCUAAUAAUGCAGUCUGUUACUUAACAAUCGUAGGACUAUUCAUCCUGUGAUAGAAAAUCUAAUUGAAAGCCCAUGGAAAGAUGGAUGUGGACAUGUAUGAAACAAUAGGUCGAAUCAAGUGUGAGCAGUGGACACAAUACAAUCAACAAUUUGUGAUAACAAAAUCUUCAACUCAAGAAUUUUCGUAAGAAGGUUGUCAGCAUCGAUAACUAUAAUAAAAUUGAACUGGAUAAGGAAGAACAAUGUCAAACGUAAGGACUUCAUUGGAUACCAUGGCCUUUAAUCCCGAGUUCUCUCCAGAAGCUAGUAUAUACAGGUUGAAACCAAAGCCAAUAUAUGUGGGAGGACAUAGCCUUCCCACCCCGAGGAUGUCCGGAUACUGGCAAACAGCGCAAGACCGAGAAAGACUCCCAUACGUUAAGCGAAACAAAACAAUAAAAUAUCCCCAGCCACAGAUAUCAAUCAAUUCACCGAGGCAUAGUGAUCAGAAACGACUGGAAAAAUCAUUUGUGGAAUUAGGAAUCACAAGUAACGUCGUUGAGAAAACAUCAAUUGGGACAAUGACGUUUGUAUCGCCAACAAAUCCGGGGUUAACUCCAUUUCGAUUGGGAAGAGAUGGAACUGUCGCAAGAAGGAGUGCAUCAAAACGUGUGAGAUUUGAUCCCAAACCGGAUGUAAGUACAAUUAUUAACACUGCAACUUCCUCCAAUAGUGCAAACGAAAUUGUACCUCGAAAAGGUACUUCAUUUAAAGGGUCAACAAAGCGCAAACUACGGAACACUGCAUCUCCCUCGCCCGAGCCAACGGCGCAUUCUAGAAGUCGAUUCAUACGGGGUAUUCUCAAAAAUGGAUCUACUCCAAUUACACGUUCAAAAACAACCCUUGGUAUUGAUGGCAUACCGGAGAAGAGAUCCACAAAGGACUCAGUGCAAAGGAGUACAAGUUUUGUGAUCAACCGUAAAGAAAUCACAUACAAGCCAUCACAAAAACCCAUAAAUGACACUAUUAUACAAGGCGGUACAAUGAAAGGGUUUUUAAGUUCAGAUAAAGCAAACUACGAUCCGGACAAAGAUGACAUUAUGGAUAUAUACUGUUCGCCAGAAAAAGCCAACUCUAUUCUGAAAUGGUUGGAUGAUGUCAAUGAUAUUCAAUCAACAGAAGGGAGGUGCACUGAUAUUGAUAAUCCAUUUUCAAUGGAAGCAAAUAUGGACAAUAAAUCAGAGGCAACUUGUGAAAUAGUUUAUGAACGAGGAAGUGAACCUUUGAAUGGUAAAAGCAAAAACGAUAAAACUCAGGGAGAUAUAAAGGAUGAUAACCUAAAAUCAGAUGCCAAAUUACAUAAUGAACCAGGUGAUAAUGUCAAAGAUAUGGACACCAACAAUAAUGAAUGUAAAGAAGACGAAGAACUUCCAACAAGUGUUGAAGCUGAUAAAAAGGAUUUUAAUAUGAAAACUGUUGAUAGCAACGUUAGGACUAAUGACAGAGACAAUUCAAUGGAUGUUAUUAGGAAUAGGGGUGGUGAGAAUGAAACAAACAAUGACAUAAAAAAUAUUUCUUGAUGGUACUUAUCAUCUCCGACUUGCAAGCCGGUUGGAAUUACUGAAAACUUGUAAAUCAAAAUACCAUGUCAUUGGACAAAACAUAAUUUCAUCUCAUGUCCAGUUACAUGUAAAUGCUUAAACAAAUAAAUAGCCAAUUUCAUA